UCCAAAGUCGAAGUCGUUGUCGUUGACGGUCUUACCAUGGGCCAUCCCCGUUGCGCCGAACCCACUUGCUUCAAUGCGCUGCCUCGGAACCGAAACAAGAAGCGAUACUGUGAAGCUCACGAUGACUACCACAACAUCUGUGCCGUCGUCGGAUGUACAUCUCGCAUCACAGCAGGAUCAAUGACGUGCUCCGAUCCUCAACAUUCCGCAAUGGAGGCACUUCACAUCGAACGCGGAAAGUCAAUAUUUCGACUGCGU